AUGCUGCGCACGCUUGAGGGUGCCGCUGUGGAGUUUGACGUCGACCGGCAAGCUUCUGCCGAUCGAGUGAUCAUCCGUAAUCGUCUUACCCCCAUCACGGCGGAGAGCUACCGGCAGAGGCCCCCCGUCGACUUCUUGAGCUCUGUAAUGCUGAGUUGGGCAGGCCCACGUGUCGCGGCAUCGAAGCAAAAGGAGGCGAGGGGCGACAGUACAGAGAAGGAGGUCGGCUUCACCGACGGGGGCAACGCAGCAGCUGAGGCCGAGGAGCUGUUCGCAAAGAACAUCAUUGUGGACGUCAGCAGCAUACCAGCCACUCAGAUUGCGCGCUGGAGCGGCCCCUUGUCGGAGGAGGCAGUGAUACAGCCCACCAAGAACCUCAAGGACAUGCGCAGCAGUCGCCUCUUCGACGCGGAGGCAAACGCUUAUCUGCGCCUGAAGCAGCAGCUCGGAAGUACUGCGGAUGCGCAACGCGUGCUGGCGGAGCAGCGUGAACGGGCUGCCAAGGGUGCGGUACGGAGGGAGGUGAUCGCAGAGAAGACGGAGGGCAUCAUCUUGGCCUGGUCCGGCAUUCACCGCAGCGGGCUCAUUCGCGAAGGGAUACAGCAUGAUGGAGAUGGUGCCUCAUCAGACGGCAUGUUGGCAGCCAGCCUCGACAAGGAGGACGGCGCGGCAGACGAGACUCUUUGCAUUAUUCGAAACGUGCAUGCGUUUGAGAGCGCGCUGCCCACGUCCCAGAGCCUGCAGCACCGCCGUGUUGCCUUCACAAAGGUGACGUAUUCGGCACAACCGCACCGCUACUACGCGGAGAACAUCGUCGUGGUGGGCGAUGUGCGCUACAACGCAGCCGUGCCGUCUCUGGAGGAGGCGCGCGCCAUCAAGGAGCGGGAGAAGGCUGCCACCAUGCAGCACCGCCAUUUUGGAGCGCUUAUCAUGGAGGACAGUGACGGCCACGCCACGGAAGGCAGUGAGCGACAGCCGAGCAAUAUCCAGCAAUCCGUUCCGGCUAGGCCGGCCGAGGAGACAUCAAUGCACGCAGGCGUCUCUUCGCUCUUGAAGGACCAUGAGGUGCAGGCGGACCCUAACAAGGUGCUCUACGGCGUCAUUGUGCGCUGGAGCGGCGGCCAGGGCGUCAUUGAGGGUGGGGAUGGCCGUCACUUCUACCUUCGCUCCGCCGCUGAUUUCGAGCAGCUGGUAGACAAGAGCUCGCAUCACCUGCGCGGCGCCGUUGUUCAGUUCAAGCAAGAUGCGGCGAGCCCUCGUUACGCAUGUCACGUGGAUAUACUCAGCACCGCUGCGACGACCAUGAGCGAGUUAAAGCCGCUGCUGGAGAAGACGGAGUUUAACGUGUUCACCGCCGACGGUGCAACGCCAGCGGCAAAGAGUGUACCGGAAGGGGUGGAAUGGACGCAUGGCACGCUCCUCUCGUGGUCAUCCAUGGAGGGCCAGGGCAUCAUCAUCGGCGAAGCAGAUCACGAGGCGCGUUACGUGCUGCGAGACCCGGAGGAAAACGUUGUCGACUACACCGCAAAGCAGGCGCUACUGAGAAAAGGGCGGCGAGUAAAGUUCACACCGUUUGGUAGCACGGGUAGAUUGGCGUGCAAUGUAGUGUUGCUAGAGACAGAGGUCAAUGAGGAGGCGCUGGCGGAGGAGGCCCUACGGCCGAAAGAGCCGCAGCUGUCCAUGGAUGGAAACAUGAAUGAGGCGGUCCCGUCCCCCAUGAGCACCAGCUACUGGCUGAACCGGAUGGACAAGGCUGGCUAUGACACAAGGGAGGUGAAGAACUUGCAAGACCGUGCGCUGCGGCUGGACGACGACGACGGCACCGAAGGUGGCAAGUUCCUCGACAGCGAGGAGCUCCUGAAGAAGGAUCAUUGGUGGAGUGACCCGCGCAAGAAUGUGCGGUUCCCGAACAGCGACAUGACGGCCGGCCACCUCGCCCUCAUCGGCCCCGCUUCCAUGAUGAACGUUGCGAUGAAGACAAACGACCCAAAGAAGCUGGACAAGAUGCUGAAGAAGUACCAGUCGCGGCUGACGGAGGAGCAGAAGGAGUACGCGUGGAGGCAGGCGAAGGAGAUGGCACCCAAGUAUGAGGAGUGCGUCCGCAAGGGCCGAGAGCGCAACGAAGAGCCCACCUUCUACUUCUUCUAG